CAUGGAGCGACGAGAUGGAGAGGGGUCGACGAGUGAGGAGGAGAGGAGAGGAGGAGGAGACCAUCGACAGUCUGAGAGAGACCGCAAGACCUCUGCUGCUCUCCCUUCCCGCCUCUCCCACGCUCGUCCGGGAGCCGAGGAAGCAUGUUGGGAGGAAGCUUUCAAUCGAGGCUCAGAGAGAGGCCAGAGUUUGCGACGUUCUUCGUGUUCGUCAUUCUCCUCGCUGUCAUAGGGUUCGUCGGCUACUACAGCAUAGCGUUCCAACUUCAGGAGGUUGAAGAGAGCAUGUCCAGCCAUCCCUGCGUCUUCGAGCACCACAGCAAAUCCACCGGAAAUGUUUACGACUGGGAUCUGAGCCAACUGCAGAACUCCAACGAGAAAUGCACCACCAGACACUGCAGAGACUACUCGUUGACGAGAGGAGACGAGGUCUUCUUCUUUAACAUUUGUCGGAAUACCAUGAAUCUCCCCGACGAGUGCAUAGCGCUGUACAAGGAUCCAUCCAAGAUCCCGCGCGGCAUCGGAUAUCAAACAGCCGAUGGCGUCUGUUACAAGAUGGGAGACGCGUCAAGAGCGCGGUGGUCGUUGCUGGACCCUCGACGGCCGUCCCGCGGGGUGAAGUUGGACUACGGAGGAGGAUCAAGAUGCGACGGGAAAACCUCAAGAUCCAUCUCAUUCCAUUUCGAAUGCGAUCGCACGCUGAGCGUAGGAAGGCCGAUCGCCGUGUACGGUGAUUGCGAGUUCGUGGUCCGAUGGCGGACAGGUUAUGCUUGCCCUCGGAAGCCAUCUACGUUUCUUCCCAUCUUCUUCUGGGUGUUGGUGGCGGUGGGCCUUUACCUGAUCGCCGUCUUCUACUACAACGUCAGGUACCGUAAUCUCCCGGCGAGCAUGGAAUCUUUCCCGCACAUCAAAGAGAUUCGUCUGCUGGGGGCAGCAGUCAUCAUGCUGGUGGAGCAGGUCUCAGCUCGCAUCAUGGCAUUCUCACCUCAGGGCCGUGACUCCAACGGAUGGAGAAACUAUCUCCGAAGAGACGCUCCUCCCACGUGAGCGCCUGACAUCUGGUUUGUGCCUGCAAAACAGGGACAAGUCGAUUUUGCGAUUGAAGGUGGAGAGGAGGAAGAUGACCCACAAGGAGGCAGAUUGGCAUCGAGUCUUGAAUCCUUCACUCUUCUCAGAUGUUAACAGUCACAUACAGCUACAGCCACCCCUAUCUCACAACUCCACUUUCUUCUCGCGUUUCGCUUGUGCUCUGGAAUACAAAGACUUCAGCUCG